CUGCCAGCAGGAACAGCCAGCCCCACCGGCUGCAGCUGAGAGGAGUAAUGGCUGCUACUGGAGUGCUCCCCUUUAUCAGGGGGGUGGAUCUGAGUGGGAAUGACUUCAAGGGUGGCUAUUUUCCUGACCACGUGAAGUCCAUGACCAGUUUGCGAUGGCUGAAGCUCAACAGGACGGGCCUGUGCUACCUGCCGGAGGAGCUCUCUUCCCUCCAGAAACUGGAGCACCUGUCUGUGAGUCACAACCACCUCACCACGCUCCACGGAGAGCUCUCCGGCCUGCCGUGCCUCCGGGCAAUUGUGGCUCGAGCGAACAGCCUGAAGAAUUCAGGAGUUCCUGAUGACAUUUUCCAGCUCGAUGACCUCUCGGUGCUGGACCUGAGCUACAACCAGCUCACAGAGUGUCCCCGGGAGCUGGAGAAUGCCAAGAACAUGCUGGUGCUCAACCUCGGCCACAACAGCAUUGAUAACAUCCCCAACCAGCUGUUCAUCAACCUGACGGACCUGCUGUACCUGGACCUGAGCGAGAACAAGCUGGAGAGCCUGCCGCCGCAGAUGAGGCGCCUGGUGCACCUGCAGACCCUGAUCCUGAACAACAACCCGCUGCUGCACGCCCAGCUCAGGCAGCUCCCUGCAAUGACCGCUCUGCAGACCCUGCACCUGAGGAACACGCAGCGCACUCAGAGCAAUCUGCCCACCAGCCUGGAGGGCCUGAGCAACCUCGCAGACGUGGACCUGGCCUGCAACGAGCUGAGCCGGGUCCCCGAGUGCCUCUACACCCUCUCCAGCCUGCGCCGUCUCAACCUGAGCAGCAACCAGAUCUCCGAGCUCUCCCUCUGCAUCGACCAGUGGACCCAACUGGAGACCCUCAAUCUGUCACGGAACCAGCUCACCUCACUGCCCUCUGCCAUCUGCAAGCUGACCAAGCUGAAGAAGCUCUACUUGAACUCUAACAAGCUGGAUUUCGACGGCAUUCCCUCUGGCAUUGGCAAACUCGCCAGCCUGGAGGAGUUCAUGGCAGCCAACAACAACCUGGAGCUGAUCCCCGAGAGCCUGUGCAGGUGCACGAAGCUGAAGAAGCUGGUGCUGAACAAGAACCGCCUGGUCACCCUGCCGGAGGCUGUUCAUUUCCUGACGGACGUCGAGAUCCUGGACGUCCGGGAGAACCCCAACCUGGUGAUGCCCCCCAAGCCGGUGGACAAAACCUCUGAGUGGUACAACAUCGACUUCUCCCUGCAGAACCAGCUGCGCCUGGCUGGUGCCUCGCCCGCCACCGUCGCAGCGGCUGCAGCAGGGAGCGGCACGAAGGACCCCACGGCCCGCAAGAUGCGGCUUCGCCGGCGCAAGGACUCGGCAGCGCAGGACGAUCAGGCCAAGCAGGUGCUGAAGGGGAUGUCGGACGUGGCUCAAGAGAAGAACAAGAAACUGGAGGAGAACGGGGACAUGAAAUACACAGACCCAAAGACGCGCCGCUGGGACCAGAGCCUGGAGAAGCCCCAGCUCAACUAUUCGGAGUUCUUCACGGAGGACGUGGGGCAGAUCCCUGGUGUCUCCGUCUGGCAGAUCGAGAACUUCGUGCCCACCCUGGUGGACGAGGCCUUCAACGGGAAGUUCUACGAAGCUGACUGCUACAUUGUGCUGAAGACGUUCCUGGACGACAGUGGCUCCUUGACCUGGGAGAUCUACUACUGGAUCGGGCACGAAGCCACGCUGGACAAGAAGGCCAGCGCGGCCAUCCACGCCGUCAACCUGCGCAACUACCUGGGGGCCCAGUGCCGCACCAUCCGGGAGGAGAUGGGGGAUGAGAGCGAGGAGUUCAUCCAGGUGUUCGACCACGAGAUCUCCUACAUUGAGGGGGGCUCGGCCAGCGGCUUCUACACCGUCGAGGACGCACAGUACAUCACCAGGCUGUAUCGCAUCUAUGGGAAGAAGAAUAUUAAGCUGGAGCCCGUGACACUUAAGGCUGCUUCGCUGGACCCCCGGUUUGUCUUCCUCCUGGACAACGGCCUUGAGAUCUCCGUGUGGAGGGGGAGCCAGGCCACGUUGAGCAGCACCACCAAAGCCAGGCUAUUCGCUGAGAAGAUCAACAAGAACGAGCGGAAGGGGAAGGCGGAGAUCACGCUCCUGAACCAGGGCCAGGAGCCGCCCGAGUUCUGGGAGGUGCUGGGGGGCCAGCCCGAGGAGAUCAAGGCCAACGUCCCGGACGACUUCCAGCCAGCCAAGCCCAAGCUCUAUAAGGUCGGCCUGGGGCUGGGCUACCUGGAGCUGCCCCAGAUCAACUACAAGCUCUCGGUGGAGCACCAGAAGCGACCCAAGGUGGACCUGCUGCCGGAGAUGCGACUGCUCCAGAGCCUGCUCAACACCAAGGCCGUGUACAUCCUCGACUGCUGGUCCGACGUCUUCAUCUGGGUGGGCAGGAAGUCCCCGCGCCUGGUGCGGGCGGCGGCCCUCAAGCUGGGGCAGGAGCUGUGCAGCAUGCUGCACCGGCCCAAGCACGCCAUGGUCAUCCGCAACCUGGAGGGCACCGAGUGCCAGGUGUUCAAGUCCAAGUUCAAGAACUGGGACGACGUGCUGAAGGUGGACUACACCCGCAACGCAGAGAGUGUGCUGCAGGCCAAGGGGCUGGCCGGCAAGGUGAAGAAAGACGCCGAGAAGAAGGAUCAGAUGAAGGCUGACCUGACGGCGCUGUUCCUGCCCCGCCAGCCCCCCAUGGCCCUGACGGAGGCGGAGCAGCUGAUGGAGGAGUGGAACGAGGACCUGGACGGCAUGGAGGGCUUUGUCCUGGAGGGCAAGAAAUUUGCUCGCCUGCCUGAAGAGGAGUUCGGACACUUCCACACACAGGAUUGCUACGUCUUCCUGUGCAGGUACUGGGUGCCAGUGGAGUACGAGGACGAGGCGGAGAAGAAGAAGAAGAAGAGCGGUGACAAAGGGGAUGGAGAGAGAGGGGAGGAGGACGAGGAGGAAGAGGAGGAGGAGGAGAAGCAGCCGGAGGAAGACUUCCAGUGCAUCGUGUACUUCUGGCAGGGGCGUGAGGCCUCCAACAUGGGCUGGCUCACCUUCACCUUCAGCCUGCAGAAGAAGUUCGAGAGUCUCUUCCCUGGCAAGCUGGAGGUUGUGCGCAUGACCCAGCAGCAGGAGAACCCCAAGUUCCUGUCUCACUUCAAGAGGAAGUUCAUUAUCCACAAGGGCAAGAGGAAGUCCAAGGACAACAGCCUGCAGCCCAGCCUGUACCACGUCCGCACCAACGGCAGCGCCCUCUGCACCCGGUGCAUCCAGAUCAACACCGACUCCUGCCUGCUGAACUCCGAGUUCUGCUUCAUCCUGAAGGUACCGUUCGAGAGCACCGAUAACCAAGGCAUCGUCUACACCUGGGUGGGCCGGGCCGCCGAUCCCGAGGAGGCCAAGCUAGCCGAGGAAAUCAUGAACCACAUGUUCGACGACUCGUACAGCAAGCAGGUGAUAAACGAAGGGGAGGAGCCGGAGAACUUCUUCUGGGUUGGCAUCGGGGGCCAGAAGGCCUACGACGAAGACGCCGACUACAUGAAGUACUCACGGCUGUUCAGGUGCUCCAACGAGAAGGGCUAUUUCUCCGUGUCGGAGAAGUGCUCCGAUUUCUGCCAGGAUGACCUGGCGGACGACGACAUCAUGCUGCUGGACAACGGCCGGGAGGUUUACAUGUGGGUGGGAACCCAGACAAGCCAGGUGGAAAUCAAGCUGAGCUUGAAAGCUUGCCAGGUGUACAUCCAGCACAUGCGCUCGAAGGCGGCCGAGCACCCCCGGAAGCUGCGCCUGGUGCGGAAAGGCAAUGAGCCCCAUCCCUUCACCCGCUGCUUCCACGCCUGGGGCGUCUUCCGCAAGCCGCCCGCCUAAGGAGCCGCGGGGGAGCACCUGCCCUGCCGGAGCGGCUGGAGCCGGCAGCCAGCCUGUAGGUCCUCUGCAGCGUGACGCUUCCCCAAGGGGAGGCACAGAACCUGCCUCUGCCCUCUAGGGCCGUCUGCCCCCCUCACCUCCCCCCGCUGCUUUGCUGCUGUUGCUGUCUCUCGCGCAGGGGCUGGUUCCUAGCAGAGGGCUUGGCCCGGAGCUGCCCUUCUCCCGGAGAGACACCCCAAGGGGCGUGGGGAGCAGCCCCCGGUGCUGAAGCUAUGUGACUAAAACUUCCCAGCCUGGCCUGUUACAUGCUGCACCUCACCUGCCCUAAGGGGACAAGGCCCAGCCCCUCUGCUCUGGUACCAGCUCCUGGCGCUGAAGAGGGGCUCAGGGCUGGAUCAGGCUGGGGCCCAUGGCUGUAUUGGGCUGAUAAGGUUAUUUCUUCCCCUGCCAAUGUGCUUCUGGUCUGACCCCAGCAGGUAGGGGUGAGAGCAGGGUGCAGGGCCUGUAGGGACAGGAGCCAAGCCGGGGUAGAGGAGGGACCUCGGCUCCAGGCAGGAGAGGCUGGGUGCGGCUAUCUGGCUCAGUGGUGCUGGAGAAUGGCUGCAGCUUCCUGCUGAGGGAAUGCAGGUCAGCGGUGGGCCAGAGCCAGCUCAGACAGCGGGGAGGGGAGCACUACGGCCAGGCAGGGGGAGCAGUGGGUGUGAAACUGGGGGGGUGGUAUCAGCCACCAGGCUACACAAGCGCCAGGAACCUCCUGCUCUCCAGGGGGAGGCUGUGGCUGUGUUUAAAAUCCCUGAAGCAGCAGCCCGGUGCCAGCCUGCACCUCACGCUUUGUCAGUCCCCACCCAGCCGGGUGCUGCCAGCAGCAGCCUGGCUCUUUACCCUCAUGCGAGCAGGCUCUGGGCUCUGCCUGGCAAAGGCACAAUCCACCGUUUCCUAUCAGCUUCCAGGGGCAGUAGGUGCCUUUCCUCUCCCUUCCCUUGCCCCUGUGCUCUACGACCUACGUGCCCAUGGCUAUGCUGCUGGGCCCAGCCCCUGUGAGACUGCGGAUCAGGGGGGAGCCCCUUCUCCUACCAGCCUGGGGAGGGUUAGAGACAGGCGGGGGCUUUGCUGCGGUCUGUUAUACAGCAAGAAGUCACACAGCCAGAGCGGGGAGUGUAACCAGCAAGGAUGUGCAGACAUGAUCCACCCAGGCCAGCACCAGCUGUGCCAGGCAG